CUCUGACCACGUGAUUUUGCGAAGUUAAGUAGGGAUUUAUCUUGCGGUAACACUUCUUCUUUGAAAAGUCUGCCCGGAAGACUUGGUAAGCGAUGAUGUUGCGGUAAAUCAAGGGGAGUUUCCUGUCUCACAACAGGAAUGCAGGGUGGAGAGUAUGGAGAGUUUGGGGGUAGCCUCCCUGCCAUCGCCUCCUUGAAUGCUUCCUACUCCACAUCGCUGUCCCUCCCUUCCCCAUACCUGCUGAUUCCACCUGCAGAGCGCAGGGCCGUCUCCGACGUCCGUCGUACCUUCUGUCUCUUUGUGACGUUCGACCUCCUCUUCAUCUCGCUUCUCUGGAUCAUUGAGUUGAAUAUCUCCAGCUCGAUCUGGGAGAGCUUAGAAAAAGAGGUUGUCCAUUAUAACUACAGGUCUUCUUUCUUUGACAUAGUGCUGCUCGCCUUGUUUCGGUUCCUGUGUCUGCAAGUGGGCUACGCAGCUUUUCGCCUGAAGCAUUGGUGGGUUAUUGCGGUGACCACUCUAGUGACCAGCGUCUUCCUGGUCGUGAAGGUCAUCGUAUCUAAUCUUCUGUCCCAGAAUGCCUUUGGCUAUGUUUUACCCGUCACCUCAUUCGUGGUGGCUUGGUUGGAAACCUGGUUCCUUGAUUUCAAGGUUCUCCCACAGGAAGCAGAUGAUGAAAGAGCCUACUUAGCAGCUGUGAAUGCAGCCUGUGAACGAGCCCCCAUUAUCUACCCCCGCGCUGUCUCAGAUGGACAGUUCUACUCUCCACCGGAAUCUAUUGCAGGCUCAGAUGAAGAUCUGGAUGAGGAGGGUCUGGGGCGCAGAGCUGUCACCGCUCAGGAGAAGGAAUAUGUCAGACAGGGUCGAGAGGCCAUGUCUGUUGUAGAGCAGAUCCUCAGCCAGGAAGACAACUGGAAAUUUGAGAAAAACAAUGAAAUGGGAGACUCUGUCUACACUUUGGAGAUUCCCUACCAUGGAAAGACUUUCAUUCUCAAGGCCUUAAUGCAGUGUCCUGCUGAGCUUGUGUAUCAGGAGGUGAUUCUUCAACCGGAGAAGAUGGUUCAGUGGAACAAAACUGUUUCCGGCUGCCAGAUCCUUCAGAGGGUUGACGACAACACUCUGGUGUCAUAUGAUGUCUCUUCUGGUGCAGCAGGGGGAGUCGUCUCUGCGAGGGACUUCAUUAAUGUUCGUCGAGUGGAGCGCAAACGAGAUUGUUAUAUGUCUGCUGGCAUGGCAACCAGCCACGACACCAAACCCCCGUGUGGACGCUACGUCAGGGGAGAAAACGGUCCAGGAGGAUUUGUGGUCCUGAAAUCCAGCAGUAACCCAUCUGUCUGCACAUUCAUCUGGAUCCUCAACACAGACUUAAAGGGCCGUCUGCCCCGCUACCUCAUCCACCAGAGCCUAGCUGCCACCAUGUUCGAAUUCAUGUCCCAUUUACGCCAACGUAUCGCUGAACUGCGGCCUUCCUUCUGCUCCCACCACCACCUCACUUAAAGAAGGGGAGAUUUCCUUGGAGGUGGCAUCACUGAAAUGAGCAAAGCAGCUCCCCUAUGAUCCUCUGAGCUGAAGGAAUGUGCUACUGUACUAGAAAAGACUGCACUUCCAAGCAUAGGAGAUGUGAGAUUAUCAGAAUUCACUCAGAUGAGAUGAGGAGUAUUGAGUUCCAAAGACUAUCUUCCUUUUCAUCCAUAAUCUUUUUCUCUUUUGUGAUCCCAUGCACGUCUGUGUUUUGGACCUGUAACUUUCAUGCUGUCUCUUGCCAUGCAGCAAGAGCUUUCUUGAGUCAAGAAACAAUUCACAGAAACAAGAAGGCUUGGGUAAGAAUGGCGAUGCAUCAAACAGUAGUCGAGUCAGACUUGUUCUGAGGAACAGCUGAGCCUUAUCUUACUGCACAGUGUGUUUAUCAUUGAUUUAGCUGCUUUUUGUUUUUUUAUAUUUGUGUCUACACCCUGUUGGACUUGUUUCUGGGCUUCACCUGCCUGCACUUUGCAGCCCUGUUAUCAACAAACUCUUGAUUUAAAGUGGUAACGGCUAUCUCCACUCACUUUACUGUCCUUAACAUACACUGUGAUAGAAGAGGCAGGAUGCUCUGCUGUCUGCUCACCGUUAGAGGGAGGCACCACUGAUCUGUGCAGGGAGAGCCACUGUCUCCUGUUCUGUAAUGAAAAUAGUCUGCUAUUCCUAUUUAACCAAUCAUUAUUUUGACACAGCCUUUUUGUUUUUGUUACUGUGGGAUCACCCAGGAAGUGAAACCAGGAUGGAAAUUAAAUUAGCAUGCGUUACGUUUAUAUUUACUACAUUUUUCUUUUGUGCCAAUAACGUUAUGUGGCCUUGGGGCAAAAUAGGACUCAUCAUUUGCCAUAAGAAAAACAGGGUUGAUUAUUACCCUUAACUUUUAUACUGACCAAGCCCUGAGAUUCAGAUUAAAAUGCGCUUCAGUUUUUUACAUAAUCAAGCAAUAGUUUGUUGCCUUGUAGAAACUUCCCCUCCAGCUGAUGUGUCAUAUCACUCUGCACAUCAGAGUUAGGAUGUGCUUAGAUAUCAUGGUUCAUCGGUACAUCCGUUAUGAAAUGUGGCUAAAAGCUGAGGUUUGUCAUUUGGUUCAAGUUAAUAAGUUAAACAGAGUUUUUGUUGUUUUGUCUUUUUUGUUUUUUUCUCCUAUAUUGAGGCCCGACACAGCUUCAGUUAUUCUAACUGCAGGACCAUGCUCGUGGAUUUAACAGGCAUAGUCUGGAGGAAUUUUAUUUUAUAGUGUUUGUGUAUGCUGCAAUCAUAGUAGGAAAUGAUCCGUACUCAUUAUUUCACAAACUUCAGUUUAUUAGCAUUAAAUAUAAUUUCAGAAUUGAUUUUUUAACUACUUACUGCAAAGAAUGUCAAAUGAAAAUGUGAAAAAAAUGUGUGCCUUUAUCACAGCAACAUUACAUGUCAGUCUUUUCUUUUGCUAUGCAUUUAUUUCAUGCUGUUUAAUAUUAUUUUAGUAUCUUGAGCAAAGAGGUACUAAAUACAUAAGAUCCUUCUUUAAGUGCUUCAAUUUGCUUCUUUCUUUUUUUCUUUUUUUUUUUUUACAGUUUUUGAAUUGAUUUUGUCUGUAAGUCAGUCGUUCAUCCAACAUGCUAAUUUAAAGCCAUCACAACUGACGAACUGUUUUUACCAAGUCUUAACCAGCUCUUAUGUCUAAUAAACUUAAAUAACUCAUGA